AUGGACAAUUUGAAGUGCCCAAGCUUCUUCAAGUGCAGAAGGAAGGAGAAAGUGACAGCUUCGUCUGAGAAUUUCCAUGUUGAUGAAAAUGAUGAGAAUCAGGAACGUGGUAACUGGUCCAAAAAAUCAGACUAUCUUCUAUCUCUGGUUGGAUAUGCAGUGGGACUGGGAAAUGUGUGGAGAUUCCCAUAUCUGACAUACAACAACGGUGGAGGCGCCUUCUUGAUACCUUACGCAGUUAUGCUAGCAUUGGCCGGUUUACCUCUGUUCUUCCUGGAGUGUUCACUGGGGCAGUUUGCUAGCUUAGGUCCAAUUUCAGUUUGGAGGAUUCUUCCAUUGUUUCAAGGUGUGGGAGUUACAAUGGUCCUGAUAUCCGUUUUUGUGACAAUCUAUUACAAUGUCAUAAUUGCCUAUAGUCUUUACUACUUGUUUGCUUCUUUUCAAAGUGAACUGCCAUGGAAGCAUUGUUCUUCUUGGUCAGAUGAAAACUGUAGCAGGUCACCUAUUGUAACUCACUGUAAUGUGAGUACUGUAGCAGGGGAGAUCAUCCAAGUGAAUAAAAGCUGGUUAAACCUCAACAAUUUGACCUGUAUCAAUGGGAGUGAAGUUUAUCAGCCAGGGCAGCUUCCCAGUGAACAAUAUUGGGAUAAAGUGGCACUCCAACGAUCAAGCGGAAUGGAUGAGACUGGAGUAAUUGUGUGGUAUUUAGCACUUUGUCUUCUUCUGGCUUGGCUCAUAGUUGGAGCAGCACUAUUUAAAGGAAUCAAGUCUUCUGGCAAGGUGGUUUAUUUUACAGCUCUUUUCCCCUAUGUGGUUCUACUCAUCCUUUUAAUACGUGGAGCAACUCUGGAGGGUGCAUCAAAAGGCAUUUCAUACUAUAUUGGAUCACAGUCAAAUUUUACAAAAUUGAAGGAAGCUGAGGUUUGGAAAGAUGCUGCUACUCAGAUAUUUUAUUCCCUGUCAGUAGCUUGGGGUGGCUUAGUUGCUCUAUCAUCUUACAAUAAGUUCAAUAAUAACUGCUACUCUGAUGCCAUUGUGGUUUGUUUGACAAACUGCCUAACUAGUGUGUUUGCUGGAUUUGCUAUUUUUUCUAUAUUGGGACACAUGGCUCAUAUAUCUGGAAAGGAAGUCUCUCAAGUUGUAAAAUCAGGUUUUGAUUUGGCAUUCAUUGCCUAUCCAGAAGCUCUAGCCCAGCUCCCAGGCGCCCCAUUUUGGUCCAUAUUAUUUUUCUUCAUGCUUUUAACUUUGGGCCUGGAUUCUCAAUUUGCUUCCAUUGAAACUAUUACAACAACGAUCCAGGAUUUAUUUCCCAAACUGAUGAAGAAAAUGCGGGGUCCCAUAACUUUGGGUUGCUGCUUGGUUUUGUUUCUCCUUGGUCUCGUCUGUGUGACUCAGGCUGGAAUAUAUUGGGUUCUUCUGAUUGACCACUUCUGUGCUGGAUGGGGCAUUUUGAUUGCAGCUAUACUGGAAAUAGUAGGAAUCAUCUGGAUUUAUGGAGGGAACAGGUUUAUUGAAGAUAUAGAAAUGAUGAUUGGUGCAAAGAGGUGGAUAUUCUGGCUGUGGUGGAGAGCUAGCUGGUUUGUCAUUACACCUAUCCUUUUGAUUGCAAUUUUAGUCUGGUCACUGGUGAAAUUUCAUAGACCUGAGUAUGCCCAAAUUCCAUACCCUGACUGGGGAGUUGCUCUAGGCUGGUGUAUGAUUAUUUUCUGCAUUCUUUGGAUUCCAAUUGUGGCUGUGAUAAAAGUAAUUCAGGCUAAAGGGAGCAUUUUCCAACGCAUUGUAAGCUGUUGCAAACCAGCACCUAACUGGGGCCCAUACCUGGAAAGACAUCGUGGGGAGAGAUACAAGGGCAUGGUAGAUCCCAAAAAAGAGUCUGACCAGGAAAUACCUACUGUUAGUGGCAGUAGAAGACCAGAAUGA